AUGAAAGGAGUUUACGAUGAUUGGGCUAAAGCAGCCCCAUUCACCCAUCAGCCCAAAACUAUUCACAAAGGAGGAUUCUUGACAAUAGAAGAGGCAAAAGAAUCCCUCAGAGAAUAUGAAGUGCUCCAUCCAGAGCAAAUUCUAAAAAGAGCAGAAAAAGCUCCAGUACAAAUCCAAAGAACAGCCCAAACCCAAAGGACUGGACUAAUGAAAAAUAUUCCCACAAGAGCCGAAAUAAAUGACAAGAAAAGGGUCUGUAGAUCAAACUGUAGAGAAACCUUAAAUCUGGUUCUAAAUUGGACUCUAGACAAAAGAGCAAUAUUGGGAUAUUAUCCCAUUAACAAAGAACAGCUAACAAAGCUGGUAAUCUUCCCAGAGGCUUCACCCUCUGAUACAUAUCAGUUUUUCCAAUACGGAUUAAUUGAUACAAUCCUAAUUUUUGACAAUUUAAAUAUCAUUAAAGAAUUUCCUGCAGGUUUUAUAGAUGCAGUGAAAAAAUUCAAAAAUAUGAUUGAUGCAAGAGAACCAAGAGAUAUAUCCCUAAAAUUUACAAGUAGUCAGCCAAUCUUCAAUGAAGAAGGAGAAUGUUUGAUCCCAGCAUUUCAAGUAAUUUUCAUGUCAGUCUUCCCAGGAGAUUUUCAACCAAUAGAACAAGUUCAAGAUCUAUCAAUUUAUAGCGACGAAGGAAGAUUGGCCAGUACAUUGGCAAGAGUCUUCGAGAGAGCCCAAAAAAUAAACAAAGAAUCCAGAACAAGAAUAAACUACAAAAGUAGAAACACUCUAAUUGUUUCUAGUAAGAAAAACCAAAUUGAAUCAAGAGAGAUGAGACUUCUAGUGGAUUUUGAAUCAGCAUUUUACAACUUUUCUGGAUUACUGGAAAAACUUCCUGACGGGAUAAGGAGGAAUCUAUGCCAUUUACUAAAAGACAAAGAAGACCAUAGGUGCCAGCUGUGCGCCUCAGAAAUGUCUGAAGAAAGCAACAAUGCUGAAGACCCCACCCACAUGGGAAAAGAAGAGGAUGAGACAUCUGAGUCAUCCAUCAACAUUAUUGUUGAAUGA